AAUAAGAAGCUGGUUGAGCUGCUGAGGAGGAAAGUUCGUCUUGCCCAGCCUUAUGCUGGUGUUUUUCUUAAAAAGGAUGAUAACAACGAAUCAGAUGUGGUGGAGGAUCUGAACGAAAUCUACCAGAUGGGAACUUUUGUACAGAUUCAUGAGAUGCAGGACCUUGGAGACAAGUUGCGUAUGAUAGUCAUGGGACACCGAAGGAUUCGUAUAAACAAGCAACUAGAGGUUGAGCCUGAGGAGCCCGAGAACAAACAGAAAAUGAGAAGGAAACAGAAGCGCUCUAGGAAAGAGGCUGAAGAGGAACCUGGAGCAAAAGACCAAGCUGUGGAAGUGGUCCUAGAUCCUGUAACUGCUCCCUCGCAGGAAGUUCUCAUGGUAGAAGUAGAGAACGUGGUUCAUGAAGAUUUUCAGAUCACAGAAGAGGUUAAAGCGCUUACUGCAGAAAUUGUCAAAACAAUCCGGGACAUCAUUGCCUUGAACCCUCUGUACAGAGAGUCUGUACUUCAGAUGAUGCAGGCUGGACAACGUGUGGUAGAUAACCCCAUCUAUCUGAGUGACAUGGGUGCGGCACUGACGGGGGCAGAGUCGCAAGAACUUCAAGACAUCUUGGAAGAAACCAAUAUUCCCAAACGGCUUUACAAAGCCCUCUCCCUUCUAAAGAAGGAAUACGAGCUGAGCAAACUUCAGCAGCGGCUUGGAAGGGAGGUUGAGGAGAAGAUCAAGCAAACGCAUCGCAAAUAUCUUCUCCAAGAGCAGUUGAAGAUCAUUAAGAAAGAGCUAGGUCUGGAAAAAGAGGACAAGGAUGCGAUAGAAGAGAAAUUCCGUGAGCGACUCAAGGAGCUGGUAGUGCCAAAACACGUCAUGGAUGUGAUUGAUGAAGAGUUGAACAAGUUGGGCUUGCUGGAUAAUCACUCCUCAGAGUUCAAUGUUACACGGAACUACUUGGACUGGCUGACAUCCAUCCCCUGGGGUAAGUGUAGUGAGGAGAACCUGGAGCUGAGCAGAGCCCGAGCAGUUCUGGAGGAGGAUCAUUAUGGAAUGGAUGAUGUCAAGAAGCGAAUUCUGGAGUUCAUAGCGGUCAGCCAGCUGCGAGGAUCCACCCAGGGGAAGAUCCUGUGUUUCUACGGCCCCCCCGGGGUCGGCAAAACCAGCAUCGCCCGCUCCAUUGCCAGAGCCCUGAACAGAGAGUACUUCCGCUUCAGCGUGGGCGGCAUGACUGAUGUAGCAGAAAUUAAAGGACACAGGAGGACGUAUGUUGGAGCAAUGCCGGGAAAAAUCAUCCAGUGUCUGAAGAAGACCAAGACAGAGAAUCCACUUAUACUAAUCGAUGAGGUGGAAAGAAGAGGAUAGCAAGGGGAUCCAUCCUCAGCCCUCCUAGAGCUGUUGGACCCAGAACAGAACUCCAACUUCUUGGAUCAUUACCUUGAUGUUCCUGUGGAUUUAUCAAAGGUACUUUUUAUUUGUACUGCCAACGUAACGGAAACCAUUCCAGAGCCACUGCGGGAUAGAAUGGAGGUGAUCAACGUAUCGGGAUACGUAGCAGAAGAGAAACUUGCAAUUGCAGAGAGGUACUUGGUCCCUCAAGCACGAGUUCUUUGUGGCUUGGAUGAACAGAAAGCCCAGAUCACCUCGGAUGUCCUGACUGUUCUCAUCAAGCAGUACUGCAGGGAGAGUGGGGUGAGGAAUCUGCAGAAACAAGUGGAAAAGGUAUUGAGGAAAUCUGCCUAUAAGAUUGUGAGUGGAGAAGCAGAGACGGUCCAAGUAACACCUGAAAACCUGCAGGAUUUUGUAGGAAAGCCCAUCUUCACUGUGGAUCGCAUGUAUGAAACCACUCCACCAGGGGUGGUGAUGGGUCUGGCCUGGACAGCUAUGGGCGGUUCCACUCUGUUUGUUGAAACAUCCCUGAGGCGACCCAAAGACAAGGAGAACAAGGACGGGUCCCUUGAAGUAACAGGGCAGCUGGGAGAUGUGAUGAAAGAGAGCGCCAAAAUCGCUUACACGUUUGCACGAGCCUUUCUCAUGCAGAGGGAGCCCAGCAAUGACUUCCUCAUGUCUUCCCAUAUCCACUUGCAUGUGCCAGAGGGAGCAACACCGAAGGACGGACCAAGCGCAGGGUGCACCAUAGUAACAGCUUUGCUGUCACUGGCCAUGAAUUGUCCAGUGAGGCAGAACGUGGCCAUGACUGGAGAGGUGUCAUUAACUGGAAAAAUUCUUCCUGUUGGUGGAAUCAAGGAGAAGACAAUUGCGGCGAAGCGGGCAGGCGUUACCUGCAUCAUCCUGCCAUCAGAGAAUAAAAAGGAUUAUUACGACCUUGCCGGGUUCAUUACAGAAGGACUAGAGGUGCAUUUUGUUGAGCACUACAAGGAGGUGUAUGAUAUAGCCUUUCCAAAGCUGGAUUCUGCUGGAGGAUGACGUUCAGUGACCUGAUGGCUGGGAAGUGGUCUGUCCUCAG